AUGGAAGAAGUUGCAACGCAAUACAAGGAAAACAAAUAUACACUUGCCAAAAGAACGUACAGUGAGGUUCAACUUGACUGGCCGUAUUAUGCAGAAGGAGAACGCCAACUUGUUCGGAGUCACCCUCUCUCCAGUCUGAAGAGUUUUUUGUUCCCCUCCCCCCAACAUCUUUUCAUGGAGACAUCUUUUGUAUAUUUGUCUAUGUGGAGAAUAGCGACUGAUGGCCGAAGUGCUUCUAAUUCUCCUGAAGAAUCGUCUCCUCAUUACAGUAAUAAUCUUCCCAAUAGUGGAAGUCCAUAUGGUGUAAACAAUGCACAGAAACGUGGAUCAAGUGCAGACAUUCAAGCUGCCAAGAAAAUGCGGGUGUCACCACCAACUGUCGGGGAGAGGCAGCAGCAGAAUGGUGUCUCUUUAAAGAAACCUGUUGUGAAAAUGCUAGGCCAGCACCAACCACCAAUAAUCACUCCAAACAACAAUUCUGUGACUCAUUCUCAUUUAAUGAAUGGACUUAAAGUUCCAUCACCGUCUUCCUCUCCCGAUAUUGACACUCUUAACUAUCUUAGUAAAUAUUCUGUGAUAUGCGGUGAUUCUCAACGUCAAGAGUAUAAAAAUGACUUCAACACUGAGUAUUUUGAAUAUCAAAAACUUUAUCAAGAAAUUAAUAAAGUUUCACAGAAAUUUCUUGACUGGGAUAACCAAAUGAAGAAUUUAAAUAAAGGUUCUCCUGCUUAUGAGAAACUGGAAAGAAAAAUUGUUAACGAAUAUCAUCAGACAAAAAAGGACACCAAAUUUAUUCAGACCAAGAAUCGAUUUGAAUUUCUGCAUCGAAAAUUAGGCCAUAUAAAGAAGUUGGUUGUAGACUAUGACCAGAAGCAAAUGGCCUCUCUAAAGUCCUAG